AUGACGGAAAAGUCGACGGCGGCUAGCGACGGCGCGAUCAGCAGUAAUCACGCUCAGGAUUUGGCCAUCAACAACACUCGCUUCUACCGCCUCUUCACGAGAAUAGCGCUAAAAACUUGGGGGAGACUAUACAAGGCCGACGGCUUCUGUAGUCCUAUCUCGCGUAGGAUGAUCGUCAAGACUGGACCGUCGGUCGACUUGACCGAAGCGGCGACCAUGAAAUUCAUCUCGGAAAACACGUCCAUUCCAGUCCCGAAGGUGCACUGCUCAUUCAUCCACAAGGGUCGUACAUAUAUUCUCAUGGAACGUAUAAGAGGAGAAGAGAUACCCCGUGCCUGGAAACGACUCGGCGAAGAGGGCCGCGCCAAGAUGUUCGCUCACCUCAAGCAAAUGAUUGAAGAAAUGAGAGCUCUGAAACCGCCUUCUGGCACUGGCGUGCGAAGCUGCGUUGGUGGAAGUCUCUACGACUCUCGAUUCAAUAGACAGGAGAAUCGUUUUGGGCCCUUCACAACUAUACAAGAGUUUCACUUUUGGCUUCGAAAGGAAUUCCGUCUGGCUGAUUACCCAAACCCAGAGAAACCAAGCGAGGAAGUAAGACCGGAACUCAUGCAUAUGGAGACCAUGCAAGAUGGACCAUGGCCAAGUCCUGUUUUCACCCAUGCUGAUCUCAAUCCCUGCAACAUUCUUGUGCGUGGUGAUAAGAUCGUCGCCAUCAUUGACUGGGAGUUUGCAGGAUGGUAUCCACACUACUGGGAAUACACUUCCAAUUGGUUUGGUAACCGGGUGAGAACAGAGUGGCAGGACGCAUUGGUUCAAUUCUUGGAGCCAUGCACCGCUGCCGAGUUCGAGAUGGAAAAGACACGGAACAAAUGGUGGGGUGAAUUUUGA